GAAAUAAGCACUAACGCCAGCAUGGAAAGAAGUGAAGAGGUUCUUUGUGGUCUCCAACCCCAUUCAAAUCUAAAGCAGCUAUGCAUAAGUGGAUAUCAAGGCAUAAAAUUUCCAAAUUGGAUGAUGGACUCGCUUCUACCAAAUCUAGUGCAAAUAUCAGUGGAAGAGUGUUGCAGUUGUGAGCGUCUUCCACCUUUAGGGAAACUACAAUUCCUUAAGAACCUUCGUCUGAAGAGUGUGAAAGGUUUGAAGUAUAUUAGCAGGGAUGUGUACGGAGAUGAGGAAAUACCAUUCCCAUCACUGGAGAGUCUGACUUUAGAUUCCAUGCAGAGCUUAGAGGCAUGGACAAAUACAGCUGGAACUGGAAGAGACAGUUUUCCUUGCCUUCGUGAGAUAACAGUUUGUAAUUGUGCUAAGUUGGUGGACUUGCCAACCAUACCAUCUGUUAGAACAUUAAAAAUCAAGAACAGCAGUGCUGCAUCACUCUUAUCGGUCAGGAAUUUCACUUCUCUUGCCUUCCUCAGUAUUGAGAACUUCUGUGACUUGACAAAUCUUCCUGAUGGAAUGGUGAAAAACCACGCUUUCCUCGAGCGCUUGGAAAUUGUUAGGCGGAGAAAUCUCAAGUCACCGUCAAAUCAGCUUGAUAAUCUAUUUGCUCUUCCUGAUGGAAUGGUGAAAAACCACGCUGUCCUUGAGCGCUUGGAAAUUAAUGUGAUGAACUUGAAAGCUUGCCAAGGGAGUGCAAUAACUGACCGUCCUCGAGCAUUUGGAAUUUCUUCUCUGCCAAAUCAGAUUGGACAUCUCAUGUCACUUUCAUACUUGCAUAUCUCGGAUUGCCCUGAUUUGAUGUCUUUGCCUGAUGGAGUAAAGAGACUUAACGUGCUCAAGGAGCUGGAAAUUGAAGAAUGUCCGAAUCUGGAGAGGCGGUGCAAUAAAGAAACAGGAGAGGACUGGCUGAAGGUAGCUCACAUCCCUGAGAUUGUUAUCAACAGUGAAGAAAUCCAGUCCCUGGGUUCUUGGCAGAGAUGA